GCCGGGUACCUGUUCGGCUCGGACGUGGUGGCGCAGUUCAACGCGGCCAACGAGGUGUCCAUGAUCUGCCGCGCCCACCAGCUCGUCAUGGAGGGCUACAAAUGGCACUUCGGGGAGACCGUGCUCACCGUCUGGUCAGCGCCUAAUUACUGCUACCGGUGCGGGAACGUGGCGGCCAUCUUGGAGCUGGACGAGCACCUGCAGAAGGAGUUCAUCAUCUUCGAGGCGGCGCCGCAGGAAACGCGCGGGAUCCCCGCCAAGAAACCCGUGGCGGAUUAUUUCCUGUGACACCUGGGGACACCUGGGACACACCCAAAAUACACCUGUGACAGCUGGGACACACCUGAGAGACAGCUGGGGACACCCAAAAUACACCUGGGGACAGCUGGGAGUGUCUGAGAUACACCUGGGGACACCUGGGGACAGCUGGGACACCUGGGGACACACCUGAGAGACAGCUGUGACACCUGGGGACAAUGGGGACACGCCCAAAAUACACCUGGGACAG